GAGGCGAAGGUCGAGCGGUUCCUCCGCGCAUACCUUCGCUUUCGAGUGGAACCAGGACUCGUUUCGUGGCCCUUUGCUCGCCAACCGUGUCUCAAUAUCCAUACGCAGCUCGUGUCCUUUGGCCUUAUUGACCGGGGCACCUCUGCAAACUUGCAGACAGCCAGUUGUCAAUAUUUGCGUGCCACCAUAGUAGGCUUCCCGAAGGAACAAGCGCAACGCCAUCAGCCCAUUGUUUGGGCCCAUAUCUUGAAAAAUGUUCUCUUGGAAGGUGCCAGAGGGCUGCUCUGCCCAAAGAGCAAUCAUUUUGACGUUCACUUGUACCGGAAACUGUUCCAGGCCUUUCCUACUAGAUUUUUGGUCCCCCAGUCGGGCCGAGUCUCCCCUCGCGUUUCGAAGCCUCGUGGUACAAGGUAUUGAAUGGGAAUUCUGUCCACAAAUCGAAAUUCUCGAUGUUCCUGGCUGUGACUCUCCUGUCUCGUUCACAGACGCCAUCCAUUCCUGCCUUUACCCAUACCUCGCCAAGCUCUUAAUCGAGCAUUUUACUGGAGGGAACAGUCGCUUUUCGUUGGCAAGAAUCGCUGAUCGCAAACAUCCCGUACAGAUGCAGCUGUUGUUGGCAGUGUUUGAGCUGUCAUGCGAGCGCGCGUGGAUUUGGAACGAUGCUUGGUUAAUGGUUUCCACGGUCCUCACCUGUCUUCAACCGUACCUCAAAGACAUGAAUGCGGACGAAACAGUGUCUCGUGCCAACCCAGAAGAAUGGACUACCGUCUUCGAAAGCCUCUGCUCAGUAAUACAGUCCGAUGCAUUUGGUACGAUUGAUAGUCACAUCUCUUGGCCUGACCAACGGUCCAUUUUCGAGAGCUUCACGAUGUGUCUUACGAAACUAGGCACCAGAUAGGAAGAUAUUCCGUUCUGCACCCCAUCGCCGAUAUUGGCACGCAAAAUUAUCCAAACCCCUCCUCGAAGAUCGGACGCCACAGAAACCAAUGCGGGCUGGACAGAUUUUUUCUCAUCGAC